GAUUCUUAUGAAAUCUGUUGCUGAGAUGAACAAGAAGCUGGACAUUCUUAUUGAGUCAUCCCAAGGUGGUCUUACUCACAAUGGAUCUCAGUCUGAAGAUGCUCUUCGUACUUCAGAAAAUGAGGAUGAUGAAGAUUCCACUUCGGAGGAAGACGAGGAUGAUAAAUUCGACGAUGACAAAGGAGAUGAUCAUCAUGACGAUGAAACUGAUGAUGAUGAUGAUGAUCUGGGUGGAGAUGGUGUUGGUGCUGGUCAGGAUGAGGCUCACACGGGCGAUGUUCGUAACGAUGAGGGUGUUGUUGUCCCCGAGGUUGUUUCGAGGGAUGAUGAUACCGGCAAGGUGGAUGAUGCCAAGAAUUCUGACCCUGUGGAACCUAUUGCAGAGAUCAAACAGCCUGAACAGUCUCAAGGUGGGGAGGACAACAUUGAUGUUGAUGCAACAAUUGCAUCUGCUGUUAAAGCUGUGGAGAAUUUGAUUGGUUCCUCAACUAAUGCCCCUGCUCCUGUUGAGACUUAUGAGAAGACUGAUCUUGAAAUGGUUGUUUUUCAAGAGACUCCUACUUUACGUCCUCAAAAGAGGGAUCGGAAGAAAGGAGCUGUUUUGAAAUCCCCAUUCAUUGAGCUUGCUUCUGGUGCAUCUAAAUCAGGUUCAUCCUCAGUUUCUCCUGAUGAUUCUGUGUAUAAGGUCGUUAAAUAUGUGCGUGGUUUGUGCCCGUUGGACAACAAGAUUGGUGAACCUGUCGAUCCGCAAUUGGAAGCUGAGUUUGUCAAGUGGGUUGAUACAGGUCUUAGAAAGCAUAAAUCUAACACAACAACUAAUGUGUAUUGUAAGGGUAAGGACACAAUAUUUCCGCCAUUUCGUUUUGGUGUUGAGGACAUCAGCAACAAGAUGUGGUUUCACAACCUUGCCUACCCUAAUUGUUUCCUUACCAAUUCUCACAUUGACAUCAUUUUCUAUUAUCUUCGUAAGAAAAUAAUGUACUCAGCCGAGCCGAAAAUCAAAGUCACCACAAUUGAUUGCCUGUUUUGUUCUAGCAUAACAACUUUGUAUGAGAAGUUUGUUGAGAAAAACAACGAUAUAUCGGUGUUGUCUCUUUCUCACAAUGUGGCCCAGUACAUUCAAGGUGGUAAGAUAUUAUGUGUCACUCCUUGGCAUUUGGUUGAUCAUGUUGUUAUGCCUAUCAAUGUAAAAUUACAGGAUCAUUGGAUUUGUGGUCGUCUUAACAUAGUUGACAGGCGCAUAUAUCUGUACAAUUCAUUGCGUUCUGGGAGGUAUAUGACAGCUGCCAAAGAGGCUUGCAAGUCUUUCUCUGUUAUUUUACCAUAUUACUUCUCUAUGUUAGACUUCAAAGGCCUUCGCAACGAAGCUAAGUUUAGCACUAUGGAACCUUUCCCUAUUGUUGCUGUUGAUGGUUUACCCGAGCAGGUCACAGCUGAUUGUGGUGUUUUUGUUGCAUCAUUUGCUGAGUAUUUCAUUGAUGGCAAACCCAUCCCAUCCUCUGAUUUUGAUGUGGAAAUUCACCGCGAUCGUUUGGCUGUGUUAUUUUAUCAAUAUGGGAUGAAGAAGCAAACUGAGAACAUUGAAAGUGAAUCCAAGGCCCCUCCCAGCCUUCCCAAGAAGUGAUUUGUUUUUUCAAUCAGACUGUCAUUGUUCUUAUAGUUUUUUAAUGUUGUUUUAAUGUUUUUUAUGCUGUUUUUCUUAAACAAACAUUGGUGUUCUGUUGUGUUUCCUUACGUUUUGUGUGGACAACAUGUAAUCUUUUUAUUUUUGUAUGUUUUUUCUUAUUAUUUUUAUGUACAAACAAGUUAGUAUGUUAAAGUUGUUUGUUUUUUCAUUUCACAUCCCUUCUUUUUUUGUUUUUUUUUCUUAUAGUUUCUCUGUUUUUUUGAAUACAAAUAUUAAUUUCAGUAUUAAAAACACAAACUGUUUCAAUAACAAACUUCAUAUAUAUAUUCAAUUUAGUAUCCAACAUCUUUUAAUAUCCAAUCUAAAGUAUCAACAAUUCCCAAUGUAAUCAAUGUUUUUCAAAUAAAAAAUGUAUUCCCUUUGUAUUUCAGAAAUUUAAAUUCCUCAAUA